AUGGCGAACGUACAAAAUAGCCAGCAAAGCGAUUUUCCCUCCGAGAUUCUCCAAGCUCUCUCCCAAAAAGACCCGAUCCUCUCCACAGAAACCUUCCCGUCAAUAAAGUCGACAGAUCUCAAGGGCGCGUUAGACAGACUGGCUUCGCGGUCUAUGAUCACAUAUGAGACGAUCGAUCGAGAAGAAGCCAUUAUAGAGGCAGAAGCAGUAGGAAUAGCGGAAAGUGGCAGUCAUGAAGCACGAGUUUGGGAGGCCUUGCAAAAAAACAAAGAGGGGCUCACAGGUGCGGAGUUGGAGGCUGCCGUUGGAGACAAGAACGUUGUGAAAGUGGGACAAGGCAAGGCUUUCAAAUUAAAAUGGGUUGGUAAGGGGAAAGAUGGUCGUCUGGCUGCGCUGGUGGACUCGAUAAAAGACGAUACUCGAGAGCAACUACAAAUCAUACAAAAGACGCGCACACAUUGGGAUCCCAAGAUCAUCACGGACCUUAAGAAGCGAAAGCUUGUAAAGAUGCAGAAGGUCAUCAGUUUCAAAAUCCACAAGGGUCCAAAGUACGCCCUCGAGAUAGUGAAGGAGGAGACAGAUUUAACGGCAGAUAUGCUUGCUUCUGGUGCCUGGAAGACUGCUACUUUCAAGCCUUACAAUUUCAAGUCUCUCGGGGCAGACCAAAACGCUGGAGCUUUACACCCCCUCAACAAGGUCCGACAUGAAUUCCGCCAAAUCUUCUUUGAAAUGGGCUUCGAGGAAAUGCCAACCAAUCGGUAUGUCGAGACUGGUUUCUGGAAUUUUGAUGCUCUUUUCGUCCCUCAACAACAUCCAGCUCGUGAUCUCCAAGAUACUUUCUACAUCUCAGACCCAAAGACUGCAGAUAAACCUCAUGCCGAGGAUGCCGAUGACAAGGGAGACUACGAAUCGUACUGGAAGAAUGUUCAGGAAGUCCACCAGAACGGCAAAUAUGGUUCAAUUGGUUAUAGGUACCCAUGGGCGGAAGACGAGUCUCUACGAUUAGUCCUCCGAACUCACACCACCGCUAUUUCAACCGCAAUGCUUCACAAACUUGCUUCCCAGAAGGGACCAGAUGGACGACCACCUCCAGCUCGUUAUUUCUCAAUCGAUCGUGUUUUUCGAAACGAAACGGUGGAUGCAACCCAUCUCGCUGAAUUCCAUCAAGUUGAGGGUGUUAUUGCCGAUUAUGGAUUGUCACUGGGAGGUUUGAUGGAGUUUAUGGAGAUCUUCUUCAAGAAGAUGGGUAUUGAGGACUUGCGCUUCAAGCCGGCCUACAACCCAUACACCGAGCCCAGUAUGGAGAUCUUCAGCUUCCACAAAGGGUUGAACAAGCUGGUCGAGAUCGGAAACAGUGGCAUGUUCAGACCGGAGAUGUUAGAGGCAAUGGGUUUGCCGAAGGAUAUGCGUGUUUUCGGUUGGGGAUUGAGUUUAGAGCGGCCAACUAUGAUCAAGUACAAGGUCAAUAAUAUUCGCGAGUUGCUGGGACAUAAAGUUGAUUUGUCUUUCAUCGAGAGGAAUCCUGCCGUUAGACUUGAGAAGACAUAG